AUGCCGAGCAGGCCUUUUAUUGAGCUCACAAAUAUUGUUUCUGCGGGGAUGAUGGUCCUUGGCAGUCCCGACUACCUGGUCACAGACCAUCUAAUCGUGUACUUUUGGAUGGUGGCGACAUUCCCGUGGCCCCCCAUCGUGCUUUACCACAUAAUUGAGGUUAUGGGUCCAAAUUAUGUACGGCCUUGUUUGUGCUUGACCCGAUCCUCGUAUUCAUUAUUCUCAGAGCUUGACCUUCGUUGCCUAUAUCCUGAUCCCACCUCAUCAUUCUCCAUAUUCUUCUUGCCUCUCUUCCAUCCAAAUCUUGUGGAGUUAUACUUCACGGUUUCAGCUCCACGGUUUCUUUACUCCCAUUACUUCUCAAUUGGAUUGAAGCAGAUCAUUAAGCUUGAGCCCCUUUUAUACCAACAAGUGAUCCAGCACAACUCGUCUAUCCCCAAGCACCAUACCAUCCCACAACGAAAAUGGCCGGUCACUACUCCCCCAACGGCCGCCCAACCCGGAUUUCCCUUCACAAUUCCAGUAGUCAUUGCUGUGAACCCAAUCGGGACGCCAGCUCAGAAUGUGCAGCACCUUGUCGUGAGCGCCUCCCUCCGCGAUGAAGCUGGGACAGGAGCAGCCGUUGGCCUAAGCGGUAAUCUCACGGCAAGCGUGCGGAGCCGAACCGACAACUCAAUGAGCGGAUAUGCAAAACUCAGCCCGCUCACUAUCUCGCAGCCAGGCAAGUUUCGGCUGCGGGUGAUGCUUAGCGCAGCUUCCUACAACGGUGUUGUAACGAAGGAGUAUGCUGAUUCGACGGUCAUCCAUGUGCACGCCGGUGCGGCUGCCCAACGGCCAACUCCCACUCAGGUGGCACGACUCCAGCGGCUUACGACCGAAAAUCUGGAUAUAUCUGCAGCGGAUAUCGCCGCAUGGCAGCGUGCCUGA